GUCAGCUGCAAGAACACCGGCUCACGCCAUGCAGCAGGAGUCAUAUGUUCCGAAACUGCUUCUGAUCUGGUCCUUCAUGCACCUCUCGUCCAGGAGACGGCCUAUAUCGAGGACCGACCACUUCACAUGCUGUACUGUGCGGCUGAAGAGAACUGCCUGUCCAGCACCGCUCGCAAUGCCAACUGGCCAUAUGGCCACCGACGACUACUGCGAUUCUCCUCCCAAAUAUACACAACAUUGGACGUGCUGACUUCAGGCCAAAGGCUGGCAGACACUCCUGGGUGUGGCAUGAAUGCCAUGGGCAUUACCACAGUAUGGACAUUUUCACGCACUAUGAUCUGCUGACUUCAAAUGGGUCCAAAGUGGACUGAGGGACAUAAGGCCAGCUUCUGCCUGGAGGACACAGAGUGCCAGGACUUGGUCAGUAAGCGGUAUGAAUGCGCCAACUUUGGAGCAACAAGGGAUCACGGUGGGAUGCUGGGGACUAUGUACCGUCAUGACAUUGACUGUCAAUGGAUCGAUAUCACGGAUGUCAAACCCGGAAACUACAUCCUCCAGGUCGUCAUCAACCCCAAAUUUUGAGGUGGCCGAGAGCGACUUCACCAAUAACGCCAUGAAAUGUAACUGCAAAUACGACGGCCAUCGAAUCUGGAUACACAACUGCCAUAUCGGUGAGCACAGAUCAAUACUAUACAUUUGUAACAUUGGGGUCACCACG